AAAUUUAUUUCAGCUGCCAUGAGUAGUAGAUCCCGAAGCGAAAGUAACGACCGCUCUGAAGGUGACACUCAGUCACCAACCUUCAAAGGAAACGCAUCACCGUUGAAGAAGGAGAAAAUUAAGGAAAAGUCACAGAAGGAUAAUAAAGAUGAGGAAAAUAAAAAAGAAACUAAACCUAUGGUCCUUGCGAAGAAAAAUAUCAAGCUAGUUAAAGGAACCAUGAAAGGUAUCAAGCUUAAGGAAGACCCUCCUGUUGAGGUAAAGGACGGGAAUUAUGAAAAAGCUGCAGAGACCCAUCACCUUAAAGAUCUCCAUCUCAAAAUAAUUGAUCUUGAAAGUGAGAUCCAAGAACUCACUUCAAGGAUGAACAAGUCUAAUUACCAAGCGAUGCAAGAUAAAAUCAAAAACUUAGAGUCUGAAGUAAUCAAGACCAAAGAAGAGAUCCUUGAUCAAAACAAGAAAAUGCAAGGGUUCAUGGAAGAAGGAAUCCGAAGCAUUGUUAAUCAAAAUGAACAAAUCUCAACUUGCCAGGACAUAAUCGCCAAAAUAAAAGAAGAUAUGGUACUCCAACAGAAUUUGCUAAAGAAGAAGGAAGAUAUGGUAGAGCAAGCUCAAACUGAAGUGGACGAAAUCUCAAACACCAGUGCUGACAUUAAGAUUCAAAAUAUCGAACUUGAAGAUCAAGUGACCACUCUUCACACAAAAAUCUCUAAUUUAAACGAGACCCAGAAACAUUUAGAGGAUGAAGUAUUAAACGAGAAGACAAAAUUUGAUAAAGUCAUCAAGAGAAAUCUGCUCAUUGAUGAGUUGAACAAAGAUAUGAUGGACAUGAACAUCGAAGAUUUAUGCAAGUUCAUCAACCAGUCUCUCUACGAAUGUGUACAUACUAUCCGUAGGACAAACAUAAAGCAAAUCCUUAACACCGGCGACCAGGUAAUCGACACUCUUAAGCAACAAGGUUGUGAAGACCUAGUCAAAGGUAUCGAAGAAAUCAUGACCAAUUUUGAAUUCAUGCAUGAAAGGAAGGAGAAGCCAAAAACUCCAGAAAAGCAGUCCAAAGAGUCUGAUAAGGACUCCUCAGUCGAUGAAAAGGAGCAGCCUAAGAAAGACCAGAAAGACCAGAAGGACCAAAAAGAUCAAAAAGGUCAAAAAGAAGAAGAGAAAAAGAGACCGGCUAAAAAGUCCAAAGAAGAGAAAGAGAAGGAAAAGAAAGACAAAAAAGAGCAGCGUGAAAAAGACAAAAUCAGUGACAAAAUCCCUGAAGACAGCAAGAUGACCGAGGAAGAAUUCAAGAAGCUCAAAGCCUUACAGGCUGAAAAUUGGAAACUAGAAGAUAAAUAUGAAGAACUUGAAGAGACAAAUGAGAAACUUGAAGAGAAAAAUGACAAACUUGAAGACAGAAUCUCUGAACUUGAAAGUACCAUCAAAGAUUUUGGCAAUGAAAAGAAGGAAUUUGAAGCCGAAAAGAAGGACAUGGAGAAAGAAAACCAGAAAUUAGUGGAUAAACAUAAGAAAUAUGAAGACCUCCUAGCUGAAGUGACUACUUCUUUCCUUACCUAUGUCUCAAAAGUUCACAAUGAUAUCCAAGAAGUCAGUGAUGAGUAUAAAGGUAUCAUAGAAUUUGACGAUGAUGAGAUGCUGAAUAAGAUCAAGCAUGCUCAAGAGAAACGUGAACAAGGACUCAAAGAGGAGACUGAUAAGGACAUCAUCAAGAGAAAGAACAAAGAAAACAUGGAUUUACUAAGAGAUCUCUCCCACAUCAAGCUUCAGCUCAAAGAACUUGAAAUAGAGCAUGAAAAGAGUAUCCAGAAGGAAAAUAAUAUGACCAACAGCAUGGAGGAACUCAAGAUUCUCCUUGACGAGACCCACCAGAGAUUUGAGACUAGGAUCAAUGAAUAUAAACAACAAAUUCACCUCAAAGAAGAGCAUGCUAAUAACCUAAGGGAUCAAAUAGAUUUCCAAAAGAAGGUAAUCAAAGAGCAGGAUCAAAGAAUGUCUAUUCACGAACACCAAGAAGAUACCUAUAAGGCUAAAAUAAAGGACUCAAAGGAGUAUCAGGACUUGCAGAACAAGAAGCUGCGUGAAUAUAGCACAUUGGUUAACAACCUGAACCAGCAGAUCAGAGAUCUCACCUCUGAGCGUGACGAUCUUAUCAAACUGACCAAGGAACAAAAGGAGAAAAUAGACAAGUUCAAGUCAAAGAUGAAAUCUCUCGAAGAGAUGUACUAUAAAUCCGAUAGAAGCUACAUGAAAGAAAAUGCCAAAUUCCUGAAAAUGGCUGAGAAAUGUACAGAAAUAGAGCACAAGCUACAGAUCUCACAGAAAAUGGCUGAGAAAAUGAAAGCUGAUAAGGAAAGACUUUUAGAUGAGUAUUCUAAAAUGGAUAGGGAGAUAGGACCCAAACCUACCCAGCGUUCGGAGAGCAGCCAGAAAUCAGAAAGGUCACUGAGACAUACUGAGUCACAUGCUUCUCAAAGCCAAAGAGAUGAAGAAAAAGAUGAUGAAAGCGAAGGUACCAGGUUUAAAAAGCAAUCUGAAAAUAAUUAUUCUGAGUCUGCUUCAGAAGGAGGUCACGAGUUACCACAAGAUUCUGAUUCUGAUGAUUCAAAAGAAGCAUCUAAAAGUAUAUCCAAAGGUAAAUCAAAAGGUGGAUCUAAAGGUGGAUUUAAAGGUGCUCAAGACUCUGAUUCAGAAGGAUCCUCUAAACAUGACUCUCCAAAAUCCAAAAAGUUAGAAAAAUAGUCUACAGAUCAUAAAUUUUACCUUAAAAAUUGUUGAAAAUUUAA